UGGAGGGCUUCGCCUAGAGAGGAGAAGCUCCAUGGAGAGCUGAGAGACCUCCCUGCACAGCAGAGGGGUUGGGUUGGGAGAUCUUUAGAGUCCAUUCCAAGGAAAUAUUCCAUGGGAUAACCGCCCAGGGCAGGAUCUGGGGGCACCUCCCUCCCCACCAUCCAUCACCGCAUCCCCGUCACCGUUCCCGCUCCAGCGUCACCCAAACGCGUCAGUGGCAGAGCCAGAGGCCACUCCCCAUCCCACUAAAACCCCGGAAUGUGUUCCCAGCGGGGAACGCAGAGCCGGGAAUUCUCCUCCUUCUUCCCAAGGGAAUCUCCCCCAUCCCAAUCCCUCGGUUUGUCAUUUCCAGGCUCGCUCAGAUCUGCAGGAUGUCCCCGUUCUUGGACAGCAUCGCCACCAUCGUCGGCGUCUUCCAGCAGCACGCCCGGGGAGAUGGGGACGGCUCCGGGCUCAGCCGCAGGAGAAUGAGGGAGCUCAUCCAGAGGGAAUUUGCAGAUUCCCUCGUGAAGUCUCACGACCCUCAGACCAUCGAGAAGAUCCUGCAGUUCCUGGAGUGGGAUGGGGACGGGGACAUCGACUUUAACGAGUUCCUCCUCUUGGUGUUCCGGGUGGCCAAAUGCUGCUUCUGGUUCCAGCCCAAGGCUCCAUUCCUGGUGCAGAGAACAAAGCUCCCCACAGGCAUAAAAUCCCUCCGGGAGCCGGAAAUCAGGAGCAGAGGGAGCCGCCGGCAGCUCGAGGAGGAGGAAGAACGACUACAGACUUGGGAGAGGAAUCGUGAAGUUGAGCUGCAACGAGACCUCAGGGUCGGGGAGGUGGAGAUCUCAGAAGAAAGGAGGAGGGAUCAGCGGGAACGCCGCACACAGAACGAGACGGACACGGAACUGAGUGGGGAACGGGAAAGGGUCCGGGAGGAAGAUCCAGCAGACGUGAGGAUGGGCAGGCAGUGCUGUGAGCCCCAACCACGGCCAAACCAGUGGAGCCGCCAGGAGCUGGGGCGGGAUGAAAGAAGCCAACGGCCACGAGGAGCAGAUGGAGGAGAUGACAACCGGCCACGGGAAAGUGAAUUGCUCUGGGAAGAAAGGAGCCGCAACCACCGGGGUGAGCUGGAACAAAGAGGGCUGGAAAGGAGGAGCUGCCGGGCAGCUGAGCUGGAAUGUCCAGAGUCCAGACGGCCACAUCAAUCGUACGUGGAGGAACCGUUAGAGAUCGACCUCAGAGAAUGUGGGAGAGUAGACCCGGAGGAAUGUGGCUACAGACGGAGAACAAGGCAGGAACAGGAGCUGAAAGUGGCAGAAAGGGAAAGGGAGAUCCAGGAGGAGGACAGGGAAGAAAGAGAUGAUCCCAGAAGAAAAGGGAGAAUGAGAGAGAGAAGGGUGGAUCACGAACAGGAACUAGAGCAGGAGGUGUCUGGGCACCGCACACGGGAAACAGAGGAACAACUGGCUGCCAUCAGCCUGAGAGAGACACGGGAGAGACAGGAGCAUGAAAUUCGAGAGAUUGAAGCUGAUGGAAGGAGAGAACGAGUAAGGUAUGAAAGGAGAAGAGAGAUCUCGGUGGCUGCAGCAGAAGCCGAUUUCAAAGUGCGUCGUGAGAUCCAGGAACGGGAACCACGAGAGGAGCUGAGAAGAAGAGAGCGUCCCUGUGAUGAUGAAGAAGAAGCAGAAGCAGAGAGGAGAAUUUCCCAAGUCAGAGAGAGAGAAGGGGCCGUGAGAGAGAGGAGAAUCAAUCAAGAACGGGAGCUGCAGGGCUCUUUGCGCCACACACGGGAAAGGGAGGAAGAAGUGGCUGCCAAUGGCCGGAGAGAGACACGGGACACACAAGAAAUGCGUGAGAUUGAAGCUGAUGGAAGAAGACAAAGAGAAACUUUGAGGUUUGAAAGGGAGAGAGAGACCUCAGCGGCAGCAGCAGAAGCUGAUGUCAAAGUGCGUCGUGAGAUCCGGGAACGGGAACCACGAGAGGAGCUGAGAAGAAGAGAGCGUCCCUGUGAUGAUGAAGAAGAAGCAGAAGCAGAGAGGAGAAUUUCCCGAGUCAGAGAGAGAGAAGAGGCCGUGAGGGAGAGGAGAAUCAAUCAGGAACGUGAGCUGGAGUUGGAGGCCUCUGAGCGACGCACACGGGAAAGGGAGGAAGUGGCUGCCAUUGGCCGGAGAGAGACACGGGAGAGACGCGAAAUUCGUGCGAUGGAAGCUGAUGGAAGGAGACAAAGAGAAGCCCUGAGGUACGAGAGGGAGAGAGAGACCUCAGUGGCAGCAGAAGCCGAUAUCAAAGUGCGUCGUGAGAUCCGGGAACGGGAACCACGAGAGGAACGGAAAUGGAGGGAAUGUCCCGGUGAGGGUGAAGAAGAAGCAGAAGCAGAGAGGUGGAGGGAAUGUCCCUGUGAGGGGGAAGAAGACAGAAGAAUUUGCCCCAGAAGAGGGAGGGAAGAGUCUCUGCGGGAGAGGAGAAUCAAUCAGGAACGGGAGCUGGAGGUGUCUGAGCACCGCACACGGGAAAGUGAGGAAGAAGUGGCUGCCUUCAGACAGAGAGAGAAUCGGGACAGACACGAAAUUCGUGAGAUUGAAGCUGAUGGAAGGAGACAAAGAGAAACUCUGAGGUUUGAAAGGGAGAGAGAGACCUCAGCGGCAGCAGCAGAAGCUGAUGUCAAAGUGCGCCGUGGGAUCCGGGAACGGGAACCACGAGAGGAGCUGAGGAGAAGAGAGCGUAACUGUGAUGAUGAAGAGGAAGCAGAAGCAGAGAGGAGAAUUUCCCGAGUCAGAGAGAGAGAAGAGUCCGUGAGGGAGAGGAGAAUCAAUCAGGAACGUGAGCUGGAUUUGGAGGCCUCUGAGCGACGCACACGGGAAAGGGAGGAAGAAGUGGCUGCCAUUGGCCGGAAGGUGACCACCAGUGACCAGAGGGAGGCACGGGAGGCCAUCAAGCUCGAGGUGCUGGAGGAGGAAGAUGAAGAGGAGCUGGAGCAGGGACGGUGCCGCUACCAGACCCUGGACGUGGACACCGGCGAUCUCUGCCCCCCUGGACCGGUCAGUGACCUCAGGGUCCGGUACCUCCCCGCUGACCCCGAUGUCCAGCCUGAGGUCCGGCUGCUCCCCGAGCCCGUGGACCCUCAGACCGUGGCCUACUUGGUGCACGUGAUCCAGAACCAGGAUGAUCCCAAAGGUGCCACCUACGAGAUCGUGUGCCACCAGCCCGGGCAGCCCACACGCAUCCGGACCUGCUCCGUGUGCCCGAGGCCACCGCGGGCUGAGGCCACCAAAUCCCAGGAAAAUCCCCCUGAGGAUCUGGAUGAACCCAGGGAAAGGUCUGGGAAAGAGGUGAAAGACAGAGCUGCCCGGGAUUUCGCUGAGCCGGAGGCUGUGGAUGGCGAGAGGGUGAAAUCCAAGGAGAUCCAGAGGCGCCCAGAGAUCCCUGAGGUGGAGCAGGAUCAGCUGCAGGGUGAGGGAUCCCAAAAAAUCCCACCGGAGUGCCAGGACAGCGAGGCCAAGAGCUGCCCCCUGGCUCCAGAAGCUCGGGAAUGUCAGGAUCCAGAGCAGAGAGAUCCCGGAGAAACCCGCAGGGAGGGGAUCCAGGAGGCUCCUGAGGAGGAAUCCAGCAAGAGGAGCCGCCGGGAAUCCGGCAAUUCCCGAGUUUCUCGGGAAGGUGGCACCAAGCAGGGCCAGGAGCCCUCGCAGGUGGCCCCGAGCUGCCCCAGGGAUGAAUCCAAGAAAUCCUGA